ACCCGGGCGGGCGCCGCCACCACCAACCCCCCCGGGGAGAAGCAGAGUUCAAAAGGGAGGGCCGGCGCGGCCGCGGCCCUCGGGCUUGCCGAUCGACAGCGAGUUUCGCGCUGGGAUUUGGUAAUUUCUGUUCGCCCAACCCCACAAAACCCCCCGCGAAACCCACCCGCAUUUCCUCCAUCCGUGCUCGCCAGAAGAACACCCCCAUCUUCCUCGGCCGGCCGGAGCCAGCCUGCCUGCCUUGCCUGUCCCCGGUUGAGCUCGGCGAGGGUGUGUGAACCGCGAAGCGAGGCGGCGAUGGUGGGGAGCUACGCGAACGGCGGGUCGGCGGCGGCGGCGCUGGCGGCGGAGGAGAAGCUGGACGAGCUGCGGCGCCUGCUGGGGAAGUCCGACGGCGACCCGCUGCGGGUCGUCGGGGUGGGCGCCGGGGCGUGGGGGAGCGUCUUCUGCGCGCUGCUGCAGGACGCGUACGGCCGGCACCGGGACCGGGUGCAGGUGCGGGUGUGGCGCCGCGCGGGGCGCGCAGUGGACCGCGCCGACGCCGAGCGCCUCUUCGAGGUCAUCAACGCCCGCGAGGACGUGCUGCGCCGCCUCAUCCGCCGCUGCGCCUACCUCAAGUACGUCGAGGCGCGCCUCGGGGACCGCACGCUCCACGCCGACGAGAUCCUCCGCGACGGAUUCUGCCUCAACAUGCUCGACACGCCGCUCUGCCCGCUCAAGGUCGUCACCAACCUGCAGGAGGCCGUCUGGGACGCCGAUAUCGUCGUCAACGGCCUGCCGUCCACGGAGACCAGGGAGGUCUUCGGGGAGAUCGGGAGGUACUGGAAGGAGCGGAUCACCCAGCCGCUGAUCAUCUCACUGGCGAAGGGGAUCGAGGCGUCGCUCGACCCUGUGCCCCGGAUCAUAACACCCACGCAGAUGAUCAGCAAUGCAACUGGAGUGCCUUUGGAGAACAUUCUGUAUCUUGGAGGCCCAAACAUUGCUUCUGAGAUUUAUAACAAAGAAUAUGCAAAUGCUCGCAUAUGUGGAGCUGACAAGUGGAGGAAACCUCUUGCAAAAUUUUUGAGGCAGCCCCAUUUCAUUGUAUGGGACAAUAGUGAUCUCAUUACUCAUGAAGUCAUGGGUGGCUUAAAAAACGUAUAUGCCAUUGGUGCUGGUAUGGUGGCAGCACUUACCAAUGAGAGUGCAACCAGCAAAUCAGUGUACUUUUCACUUUGCACAUCUGAAAUGAUAUACAUCACCCAUCUUCUAGCGCGAGAGCCUGAGAAACUUGCAGGACCCUUGUUAGCUGAUACAUACGUCACACUGCUGAAAGGUCGUAAUGCAUGGUAUGGGCAGAAGUUAGCUAAGGGAGAAUUGACCCUAGAAAUGGGGGACAGCAUCAAAGGCAAAGGGACUAUCCAGGGUGUUUCUGCAGUCAAUGCAUUUUAUGAACUCCUGAGCCAGGGAAGCCUAUGUGUGAUGCAUCCAGAAACCAAGAAGCCUGUUGCUCCUGUUGAGCUGUGCCCAAUACUCAAAACACUUUACAAAAUUUUAAUCAAGAGGGAGCUUGCAACUGAUUCCAUUCUUCAAGCAAUACGAGACGAAUCAAUGUAUGAUCCACGGGAAAGAAUUGAGAUGGCACAGCGUCAGUCCCUUUACCGGCCAUCUCUUCUUGGCCUACCUAAAGGAGAUGCCAAGGCUUAGUGAUGUCCUUUUCUGCAGUACGCAUUUGUUGUGAGCUUGCAGGAGGUGUUUGCUGGUCUCAAGAUCCUUCUUUGCGUGCCCCCGAAAAUGUGCGUUGCGUGUACACUAGAGAGUUCGAUGGUGGUAUAUUAGGAUGCCAGGAUAAACUUUAUUGCCCAUGUCUGUACAUACGUCCUGUUGUGAUUCAAAUUUAUUUGUUAUUUAGACUGGAAUAAAGAUAUGUUUUCCUUUUCUUUUACAA